GCGCUCACUCGACACCCACAGGAAGCAGUGAAGCGAGGAAAGGUUUUCGUGUGGAUAGCCCUCUGUAUAGCGGAUAAGCUUUCGAACAUGCCGAUCACUCGCAUAGCUAUCGGAUCCAGGGAGGAGGCUUAUCAUCCUGGAGCUCUCAAGGCCGCCCUUGCCGAGUUCAUAUCCACCGUCAUCUUCGUCUUCGCCGGCCAAGGCUCCGGCGUGGCCUACAGUAAACUUACCCCCGGAGGCGCUUCGACGCCGGCAGGCCUUCUGACGGCGGCGGUAGCUCACGCCUUUGCUCUAUUCGUAGCAGUUUCCGCCGCCGCAAACAUCUCCGGCGGACACGUUAACCCUGCGGUGACAUUCGGCCUCUUUCUCGGCGGUAACAUUACCCUCUUCCGCGGCCUUCUGUACUGGGUCGCCCAACUCCUCGGCGCCGUCGUCGCCUGUCUCCUCCUCCGCGUCUCCACCGGUUUUCUCCCCGUCGGCUCCUUCGGCCUAACCGAUAUCAGCGACUGGAACGCUCUUGUCCUCGAAAUCAUCCUGACCUUCGGUCUGGUCUACACGGUCUACGCGACAGCGGUCGACCCUAAAAGAGGCAGCGUGGGAACCAUCGCUCCACUCGCCAUCGGCUUUAUAGUCGGCGCUAACAUACUCAUCGGAGGGGUUUUCGACGGUGCAUCCAUGAACCCGGCCGUGUCUUUCGGACCUGCGGUUGUGAGCUGGGAGUGGAAGCACCACUGGGUUUACUGGGCCGGUCCACUCAUUGGCGGCGGGCUCGCCGGAAUAGUCUACGAACUGUUCUUCAUAAACCGCAGUCACGAGCAGCUUCCGACCGCCGACUACUGAUUUGUUUGGGAUUUGAGCUCUCCGUUGCCUCCUGGCUUUUGAUUUGUGGUUGAAUUUCUCUCCAUCUGUUGCCUUUUUGUUUUGUAGUUUCCUUUGAUCAUGCUCGUCGUUUUAAUUGUCUCUGGUUUCGGUUGCAUUGAAAAUAAUCGUCUGUAUAAUGUUGAGUUAAAUUAUGUCCACGAUAACGAGCAUAAGGCUUCUCUAUUUGCCAAAAAAUAUAAGUGGGAUUUACAUACU